CCAUAGAACUUUCCGCGAACGAAGGCCAUUGGGUAAUUUUGCAAAAUGUCCAUUUGGUGAGGAAAUGGUUGCCUACAUUAGAAAAAAAGAUGGAACAGUGCUCGGAGAAUCCACAUGAUGAUUAUCGAUUGUUCAUUAGUGCGGAACCCAGUCUUGAUCCUCAUGAAUCGAUAAUACCUCAGGGUAUACUAGAAUCAGCCAUAAAGAUCACGAACGAACCACCAUCUGGAAUUCAAGCGAACAUCCACAAAGCGUUGGAUAACUUUACUCAGGAAACUUUGGAGUCCUGCAGCAAGGAAACCGAAUUCAAAGCAAUAUUAUUUGCACUUUGUUAUUAUCACGCUGUACUUGCAGAACGUAGAAAAUUUGGGGCGCAAGGAUGGAAUAGGGUAAGUAACUUUAAAUCUUAAUGGAUCAUAACGUUAAAUUAGAAAUUAUGGAUCGAAGAUUUGUAAAUGUUGAAACAAUGAGAGAAGGCAAAAACAAUGUUUACGAUAUCUUGUGUAAUGUAAUAACUUAAAAUUAAUACUCUUUCACAGAUUUUUUAUUAAUUAUAAGACAUAUUUGGAAUAGAUCUCACAACUGUGGCAUAGUUUAAAACGUACUAUAAGUGUCUUCCUUGUAGUCUGCAAUUAAAUUAGGAAAAGCUACUAAUUUUUUACUAGUGAUGAUAUUAGCAAAGUUUGUAAAUUAUAUUCUUCAAUAAUUGUUGCUUUAGUAAAUAUAUGCUCUAAUAAUAAAUUAUUAAAUAAUUUAGAACGUAACUAUACACAAAUAGCAAUUAAACAAAUUUCUCUGUUACUAUGUUGUUAAUCGUUGUUAAGAAAUCACAUUUACAUAUACAGGGUGGUUGGUAACUGGUGGUACAAGCGGAAAGGAGGUGAUU